CCUUCGCAGCCGGGAGAGAAGCGUUGACUGAGGGGGGAAGGCUGGCUCGGGUCGCGGCCGCGGCGAGUUACAUCCUUUUCCAAUCUGUCCGCGUCCGCCGCCGCCCGUGACGGAGCCAGGAUGUUCGGGAUGCUGAGCAGCAGCUUUGAGGAUGAUCCCUUCUUCUCCGAUUCUUUUAUUGCACACCGAGAAAGUAUGCGACAGAUGAUGAGAAGUUUUUCUGAACCUUUUGGAAGAGAUUUGCUUAGCAUCUCUGAUGGCAGAGGAAGAGAUCAUAAUCACAUGAGACAUGAUGAUGGUGAAAAUUCUUUGACUGUAAUGAAUUCUCUUAUGCCUUUUGGCAGUUUUGGUGGUAUGCGUACAGAUGUCAACCCUUUUCAGGCAAUGGACCGAAUGAUGUUAAAUAUGCGAAACAGCAUGCAGGAAUUACAAAGAAGCUUUGGUCACCUUUCAGUGGAUCCAAAUGGACAUUCAUUUAGUUCUUCCUCAAUUAUGACUUAUUCCAAAGUAGGAGAUGAACCACCAAAGGUUUUCCAGGCCUCGACUCAAACCCGUAGGGCUCCAGGAGGAAUAAAGGAAACUAGGAGAGCAUUGAGAGAUUCUGACAGUGGACUAGAAAAAAUGGCUGUUGGUCAUCAUCUUCACGACAGAGCUCAUGUCAUUAAAAAGUCAAAGAACAGCAAAACUGGAGACGAAGAGGUCAAUCAAGAGUUCAUCAAUAUGAAUGAAAGUGAUGCUCACGCUUUUGAUGAUGAAUGGCAGAAUGAGAUUUUGAAGUACAGACCAGCGGGACAGUGGCGCCAUGUGGAAAACCCUAAGAUGCGAAGUGUUGGUCAUGAGAAUUCAGGCUCCCGAGAACUUAAAAGAAGGGAGAAACCUCAUCAAAGUCCAGCCAUUGAACAUGGAAGAAGAUCAAAUGUUUUUGUGGACAAACUCAACAUCAAAGGAUCACCUGUGAAAAUCAACAAAAAAUAAAUAGCCUUGCAGUUGAUUUGUUUAGUUUUGAUUGUUUUAGCAGAGAAAGUAAUGGUGCUGGGUAAUACACAUAAGACCAAUCCCAUGUUAAAUCAGUACUGUACUUAACAACUUUCUUCUGAUAUCUGAAUGAUCUUGGAAGUGCUAGCUUUAUAUUGUCCCUACUUUAGGAAUAAAACUUUGGUUUUCAACAAUUUAAGUAAGUUGCUAAACUUUUAUAAAACUCUUUAUUUUAAAACAUA